GAAGUAGAAGAAGAGGACGAACACGUGAUUCGCGCUAACUGGAAGCAAGAUGGCGGUGGCAGUGCGGAGUUUGCAAGACCAGCUAGAAAAAGCCAAGGAAAGUUUGAAGCAUGUGGACGAUAAUAUUCGUAAACUGACCGGACGUGAUCCUAAUGAAUCAAGGCCGGGUCAGAUCCGUCGGCUUGGCGGCCCCAUGGCAGGCCCUGGAGGAGGAGGUAGAGGCAGAGGAAUAAACCUGCUCAGACGCAGUCUCUCAGACAUGGGAAGCGGCGGCCCUCCUGCCAAGCAAAGGGACAUCGAAGGAGCCCUGCUAAGGCUGGCAGGGGACCAGAGGGCCAGGAGGGACAUGCGUCACGACAGCGACGCUGAGGAUGACGAUGAUGUCAAAAAGCCGGCGUUGCAGUCGUCUGUAGUAGCUACCUCCAAAGAGAGAACGCGCCGAGAUCUCAUUCAGGACCAAACCAUGGAUGAGAGGGGCAAACAGAGGAAUCGGCGCAUGUUCGGCCUGCUCAUGGGGACCCUACAGAAAUUCAAGCAGGAGUCAAAUGUCUCUUCAGAAAAGCAAAAGCGACGUUCUGAGAUUGAGCAGAAGCUCGAGGUUCAGGCUGAGGCUGAGAGAAAGAAGGUGGAGAAUGAAAAGAGGGAGCUGUUUGAAGAGAGGAGAGCCAAGCAGACAGAGCUGAGACUUCUGGAGCAGAAAGUGGAAUUGGCUCAAUUGCAAGAGGAGUGGACCAGCCACAAUAAUCGCCUGGUGAAAUACAUUCGCACAAAGACCAAGCCUCAUAUCUUCUACCUGCCUGGAAAAAUGUGCUCCGCAACACAAAAACUCCUCGAUGAAUCCACCAAGAAACUAAAUGUUGUGUUUGAAGAGAGGCGUGAGGCUUUUGCUGAACACCUCAGCAAGAUGGAGUCGCGUCCCCGGCGACAACUAAACCGCGAACAGGACGGCAACACAGCGGCAACAGGGACGGAGCAGCCGGAGGAGGGUAAGCCAGCAGGUCAGGUAGUCAAGGUGACAGGUAAUAAGGGCAAUGUAGAGAUGGAAGAAGAGGAGGAGGAAGAUGAGGAGGAGGAAAGGGAAAAGGAGGGGGAUAGAAAGGUGACAGAGAAGGAGGAAAUGGAGGAAGGGGAGAAGGAAGUGUCUAAAAAGGUAGAGGAAGAGGAGGAAGGGAUGGAGUUAAGUGAGGAGAAGCGGGAAGGAGAGGAUCAGAAGGAGAAGGGAGACAAAGAGGGGAGUCCAGAGUCAGAGGAGAUGGAGGUAGAGCAGGCAGUAGAGAAGGAGGAAAGGGGUAAGGAUGUAGAGGUAGAGAUGGAAAGUAAGCAGGGGCCCACAGAUCUCCAUGACAGCAAGCCCUCUGAACCAGCUGUAAGCAGCCAGGAAGCCGAAAACACCAGUCAUCAGCCCAAGCCCAGCCACGCUGCUGAGGAACCAGCAGCAGAGUCUCCUGUGACCCACGGGGCAUCUAAAACCCCAGAACCCCAGUCAGCCCCUAGUGUGCCUGCACAAGUGUCCACAGUCCCUGGAUCUACGGUCCAGGACUCCACAGUUGACAGACAGGCAGAGGAGGGGAAAUCCCAGGAGGAACCCCCACAAAAACUACCUGCUUCCCAGGAGGUCCCCGUCACUGCCCCAGCUAAGGAGGACAGCGGCAGAGGGAGAAAGAAGGAAAAGGAAUCGAGGAAAGGCCGCAGUCGCAGUAACAGCUCUUCCUCUUCCUCCUCUGGCUCCUCCUCCAGCGGAAGUUCCUCUUCCUCCUCCGGGUCCAGCCACUCCUCAUCAUCCUCUUCUUCCUCCUCAUCCUCGUCAUCCAACAGCAGCAGCCGUAGCCGCAGCCGAGACAGCGGCAAACGCAAGAGGAGGCCCUCGGACAGGGACAGGAAGAAGGGAGACGAAAGACGAAGCCACAAGAGAGGAGGGAGUGGCGGAGGAGGGAGGGACUCGAGGGGAUCGAAGGAGAGGAGGAAGAGGAGGAGCGAGGAAGGAAGGGGCAGGUCAUCCCGGAGCGAUAGGGAGCAUAAAGAUAGAGACAGGAAGGACAAGCGACGCUAAUCUGGUUCUUAUUCAGCUUCUGUAAAAACUGAUGGAAAAUAAGAUUCCAACUAUUUACUUCCAACAUUGUUUGCUCAUAAAAUAGUUUUUGACAUAAGGGGGUCUGAAGAGGCGAUGCUGGUGGCUAGUUCCUCCAUCUUUAACUAGGAGGCAAAAGAGUCCAUCUCUAAUUGAACCCCUUAAACAGUAAAGGUGUAAAUUCCAGAUGAUUCAUCCUUAGUCUCAGAUUUGGUCUUUACAGAGGUCUUUGUGAAACAGUGAAGAAGGUUGUGAAUGUUCUAUUUUUCAUCUUAAGCAUAAUGAAGAGGCUGGGCUCUUGAUGGUUAUGGUAGACGUGAUUAUUCACAUACGUUAGUUUUGUUUCAUGUUGUGACAACGCUGUUUAUUCCAAUUUAUUUCCACUGUUUUCAAUAAUGUCAAGUGUGAUUUGCUCAAAUACUGGAUUUUGAAACUUUUUUGGGGGGUGGGGUUAAUGACUGAUAAUCUGCUUCAAAAUAAAGUUGAAGUAGUGAAAAUAUG